AUGCCAGCCCACGAACUGGUGAAACUCUUCAAGGCCCGCAAGGCCUCGCCGGUCGAGGCGACCAAAGCCGCGCUCGCCCGCAUCGACGCCUUCAACGGCCAGCUCAACGCCUUCCAGCAUCUCGAUCCCGAUUCGGCGAUGCGCCAGGCGCGCGCUUCCGAGAAGCGCUGGAAGAAGGGCGGCAAGCGGCUCUCCGACAUCGACGGCGUGCCGAUCACCAUCAAGGACAUGGUGCUGACCAAGGGCAUGCCCACGCGCAUGGGCAGCCUCGCCACCGAUCCCGACGGCCCCUUCAACGUCGACGCGCCGGUGGCGCAGCGGCUGCGCGAGGCCGGCACCGUGCUGCUCGGCAAGACGACCUCGCCGGAGUACGGCUGGAAGGGCGUCACCGAUUCCAGACGCUGGGCGCCAAGAUCGUCGAGGACUCGCCCGACUUCCAUGGGCAUGGACCCGCGCAAGGUGCUGAACGCCCACUGGCAGUCCAACGUCGCGCUGCUGCUCAAGAACUUCAGCCCCGAGAAGCGCGAGCUGAUGGACCCCGGCCUGUUGAAGGCCGCCGAAUACGGCGCCCAGCUCGGCCAGGAAGCGGUCGUCACCGCGAUCCACCAGCGCCAGGCGAUCUCGGCGAUCAUGAAUCAGUUCAUGGCCAAGUACGACCUGCUGCUGACGCCGACCAUGCCGAUGACCGCCUUCGCGGUGAACGAGAACGCGGCGUGGGGCGGCGACGGCGUCGACAUCGGCUGGACGCCCUUCACGCUCACCUUCAACCUGACGCGCCAGCCGGCCGCCGACCAUCCCCUGCGGCCUCGACCGCGAGGGCAUGCCAAUCGGCCUGCAGAUCGUCGGCGCCCACACAAUGGACGCCCUCGUAAUGCGCGCCGCGGCGGCCUACGAACGGGUCCGCCCGAUCCCGGCGCCGCCGAUGGCGCAUCAGAUCUGACGGAAAGGGACGACGCGUCGGAUGGCAAUCAGCCACCAGACGCGUCUCUACAUCGCGCUCGGCGUGGCGCAGGUCGCCGCGCUCGCCCUGCUCGCCUGGUUCGCCGAGCGGCAGGUGGCGCUGGGGCCGACGGACAAGCUGGGCUGGCGGCCUUUCUCAUGGCCGCUCUCCACGGAGCGCGCACCGGCCGGGCGUGCCUAUAG